UUCACUCUCUCUGUCACUACUCCACAGCCUUUCUCAACAAUCUGGUUUUACGAACAAAUUCCGGCAAACCACUUUUCGGAAGGGAGAAAAAAGCUGGUUUUUCUCAUUUCCAGGUUGAUUUCUCCGGAAUGUCGUAGAAUGAAGUAGUACUCUUUUCGGAAAUGGGUUGUGUUCUUUGUAAAGGAUCAUCAGAAAGCAACAAUGGCAGUAGUAAGAAGCCUAAUGAAGUGGUAUUAGUAGUAGAAGAAGAAGGAAGGAACACUACUGCUAGUUCAGAUGUAGUUGUUAAUGGUGGUGGUAAUGUGAUUAGGGUUAAUAAAGAGAACAGUAAUAAUAGUAUAAAUAGAUCAGAAAGAAAAAAGAUCGGAGAUAAUCAAACGGUCGUCAUCGAAAGAUUAAAACAACCAAAAAUAAAUCAUCAUUCUAAUUCAUUGAAAGUGCAACAUGGUUGGCCUUCUUGGUUAUCAGCUGUUGCAGGUGAUGCUAUUCAAGGAUGGAUUCCUCGUAGAGCCGAUACUUUUGAAAAGCUCGAUAAGAUUGGGCAAGGGACAUAUAGUAAUGUGUAUAAAGCUAGAGAUCUAAUAACUGGAAAGAUUGUUGCAUUAAAGAAAGUUCGAUUCGAUAAUUUAGAACCGGAGAGUGUGAAAUUUAUGGCUAGAGAAAUACUUGUUUUAAGAAGACUUGAUCACCCAAAUGUGAUUAAAUUAGAAGGAUUAGUUACGUCGAGGAUGUCUUCCAGUUUGUAUUUGGUUUUUGAAUACAUGGAACAUGAUCUUGCUGGUCUUGCUGCUUGUUCUGGGGUCAAAUUUACUGAACCACAGGUUAAGUGCUACAUGAAGCAAUUGCUGUCUGGACUUGAACACUGUCACAAUAGAGGUGUCCUACAUCGGGAUAUCAAGGGUUCAAAUCUGCUUAUCGACAAUGAAGGAAUUCUGAAAAUAGCUGAUUUUGGGUUGGCUUCUUUUUAUAAUCCAGAUUAUAGGCAGCCUAUGACUAGUCGUGUUGUCACCCUUUGGUACCGCCCACCAGAGCUCCUUUUAGGAGCGACCUAUUAUGAUGUUGGUGUUGAUCUUUGGAGUGCUGGCUGCAUUUUAGGGGAGUUGCUUGCCGGGAAACCAAUAAUGCCAGGAAGGACAGAGGUAGAACAGCUUCACAAGAUUUUUAAGUUAUGUGGGUCCCCGUCAGAGGAAUACUGGAAGAAGUCGAAGUUGCCACAUGCAACAAUUUUCAAGCCACAACAACCAUACAAGCGAUGCAUACCAGAAACUUUUAAAGAUUUCCCACCUUCUUCCUUACCUUUGAUAGAAACUCUUCUUUCAAUUGACCCAGAUGAACGAGGCACUUCCUCAUCUGCUCUGAAAAGUGAAUUCUUUGCCUCAAAACCUUUUGCCUGUGAGCCAUCAAGCUUACCUAAGUAUCCUCCAUGCAAAGAAAUGGAUGUGAAACUGAGGGACGAAGAAGCUAGAAGACAACGAGCCUUGAGUGGUAAAGGAAAUGCUGGUGAUGCUUCAAAGAAAGCCCGAGGCCGUGAUCGAGGUGACCGUGCGGUUCCGGCUCCUGAGGCAAAUGCUGAACUACAAAUAAAUUUGGAUCGGCGGAGGAAAUUAAUGACUGAAGCAAACACAAAGAGCAAGAGCGAGAAGUUUCCACCUCCUCAUCAUGAUGCUUCAGGAGUAUUUCCACUAGAUUCAUCGCGCAAUGGCCCUGUAACGUUCAUUGCACCUGAAAAUUCAUUUACCUCUUCGAUAUUCGAACCAAACUCGUCGAGGGUCUCGCACUCGGGCUCGUUGAGAAAUUCUUCAGCCGUUGGAGGACAUACUAGGAGGAAAGUCAAAAAGGAAGAUCCCCAAAUGGCACCUUCCAGAUCCUUUAUGCAUGCAUUCAGGCCAUCCUCGAUUGGGCGCUCUAUGGAGCUUAAACUAAAGGGUAAAGAAUCAGUUUCUGAGGUUUUUGGCGGCUGAAGAUAGUGUAGUAUCCAAAAGAGUACUCCACAAUAAUAAUUUAAUAUUUUUGAAGGAAGGUGGGUGGGAAAUAGGUGUAGUUCAUUUUGCCGUAGUUGUGGAUUCAAAUGUGUUUCUUGUAUCAUUGAUUAUAUAUGAUCCAUGUAACGAUUGAUGUAUAAUUCACCCCCAAAACUAGUAUCUGUUCAACUGUACAGACCUUAGGACCAGGUGCUAGUUUAUUAUUGCUACUGCUACUGCUCUGACUACUACACUACAAUGGGUAACCACUUGGAAGUCUUUUUUGCCUAUCUCAG